AUGGUGAGACAACCUUGCUGUGACAAAGUUGGAUUAAAGAAAGGGCCAUGGACUGCUGAUGAAGACAAGAAACUCUUCAAUUUCAUUCUCACUAAUAGCCAAUGUUGCUGGAGAGCUGUCCCCAAACUCGCAGGACUGCUGAGGUGUGGGAAGAGCUGCAGAUUGAGAUGGACUAACUAUCUUAGGCCUGAUUUGAAAAGAGGACUUCUCUCUGAUUUUGAAGAGAGAUUGGUGAUUGAUCUUCAUGCUGAACUAGGGAACAGAUGGUCCAAGAUUGCCUCCCAUCUCCCGGGAAGAACAGAUAACGACAUCAAGAAUCAAUGGAACACGCACAUUAAAAAGAAAUUGAAGAAAAUGGGAAUCGACCCCGUCACCCACCAACCUCUGCAAGCGGAGGUUGAUUCAACCAUUUCAACUGAUGACAGUCAAAACGAUGCGUGGUUAGUCAACAACUCCGAGACUCCCCACGAGAUCCUGCUGCCCUCGUCGUCGUGCUCAAGCGGCGGCGGAGCCUCAUCGCCAAACGCGGCGCAGAGUAUUGAGAAGGUGAAUACCAAUACACGAGAUCAAGGAUUUGGAGACAUCUUUGAUUUGUUGGGUGAUUUGAAUUGUUUCAAAUUUGAUUCGCUUUUAUCUAUCUAG